CUUACGUUAAGAACACAGUACACAGACCAUCCCGCUGUGUGUGGCUGAUUGUUUCUGGCCAUGUCUUCUCACAAGACUUUCAGAAUCAAGCAAUUCCUGGCCAAGAAACAAAAGCAGAACCGUCCCAUUCCCCAUUGGAUUCAGGUGAAAAGCAGUAAUGAAAUCAGGUCCAACUCCAAGAAGCGGCGCUGGAGAAGAACCAGGAUGGGUCCAUGGGGCAUCACACGUCAUGAGAUGGCACACCUAGUUGGCACACGUAUUUAAUGAAGCUGCAUGAAGACCAUGUUCUAGCCUCAUUCUGAGAACGUCCUUCCUACCUGCCCAACAAACAUGUUUUCUCAGGGAAAUGAUUUUGCUGUUAUUAUGCCUCGGCACCAGGAGGCUGGUUCAGUGAUAAAUGGGAGACCCUCAGACCUUCCAACUCGACAGCUGCUGUUGUUUCUGGUCCCUGCAGUGCUGAAUUCCGCCUCCUGUCAGAUCACGCACAGCACCGUCCCCUGACAACCAAGUAUGUAAAACGUAGCUAAGGGGUGCCU